UUUUUGCUUUUUUUUUUUCCCUCCCUGUCAACGUCUGGUAAGCUCUCUGCAAGUGGUUGCACGUUCACCAUGUCUGCAACAGAGCAAGAGGACAAGUACCCCUCACCGGAUGUGAUGGUCGCCGGUGGAAGCGAUCAGUCUUCCGAAUAUUCCAAAAAGAAUGACAAUGGCAUCGUCCUCAUUCCUCAACCGAGCGAUGACCCGGAAGACCCCUUGAACUGGCCCAUGCAUAAGAAAAUUACCAUAUUUGCAUGCAUUUGCCUGGCCGGUUUUGCGGGUCAGAUGUCGCCCAAUUCCAACCAACUCACCUUCAUCUACCAAAUCCCAGCAUAUCACAAGACUCAAACCGACCUCCUAAAUUCGGUUGCGGCUGGUCUAGCAGGAUGGGUCGCAGGUCCUUUCUUCGUGAUUCCUCUUGUGGGUGUUAUUGGUCGCAGUUCAGUGGUAUUCUGGAGUCUGGUGGCUAUUUUCGCCUGCCAGAUCUGGGCUGCCGAGAUGACGGGUGCAAAUGACUAUAUCUCCUUCACCCUCUCACGACUCUUCUGCGGCAUGUUUGGUGGUAUCCCUGCUAUCCUGGGCAGCGGUUACAUUAUGGAUAUGUUUUAUCUGCACCAGCGGGGUAAAGCAUUUGCUAUCUUCGAGGUCCUUAUCAUCUUUGCUGUCGUCGGCGGUGGCACGCUGGGCGGUUUCAUUGCGGAGCGCAAGCCGUGGAACUAUGUCUUCUGGUGGACGCUGGGCCCUGUCGGCGCCGCCAUCCUUGCUGUGUUCUUCUUUGUUGAAGAGACUACUUUCCCCCGGGACCCUUCCAUGCCGAAGCGUGCUCCCCUACCCAAGGGCUGGCUUGCCAAUCGCAUCGCCACCUUCUUGCCGGGUACCAAAACACAACCAUCGGGCAAGGGAUCGGAAUUUGUAAGCACCCACUGA